GUGGCAAAAAACCUACAAUACAAUCGUUAACAGUAGCUCUCAAGUCCCUAUUAGAAAAAAUGAAAGCAAUGAUCUUAACAAAAUUAGGAAUUCCGAAAAUCGGUUGCGGUUUUGACGGUUUAGAUUGGAAGCAAGUCAAGGAACUUAUUGCUAGUAUAUUUGCUGGAACCCGAAUAAGUAUAACAGUUUGCAUCCCCUCUAAAAUAUUCAAUCACGUACCGCCGCCGCAGUUGAAAGCCUAUAUCACACCGAAAGAAAUAUUGGAAUUAGAAGCGAAGAGCGAUAUUCUACUCUUCAUCGACCUUGAACAGUCUAAAAAGAAUGAUUGGACAGACGAUCUGGUGAAUAAAGUAAACGCUGAAUACCCGUCAUUGAAAGAAAAGUUAUUGAAAGAUAUCAGAAGAAAUGUGUUGUCCUGGAGACGUAAUCACAUAUUUCAUACAAAAAGUGAAAAUUAAUUGCUUGUUCACCAGUUCAACGGCAUAUUUUAGUUCACUUGAAAGAGGCUUUAACAACAUAAGGAAAGGCAUUAGAAGCUAUAGACAUUUUGCUUUUCAGAGUGGACCUAUUAAACCCGUCGAUAACUUCAAGUGUAUAUCACGGAUGGUAUCGAUACUGCGAUUCAUUAUCUAUGGCUCUGAAUUGUGGCUGUGUGGGGCACAAACCAAAUAAAAGAGAAAGAAAUAAAUGAAAAUUACUGCAGGGUUGUUAUUAACGAAGUUAGACUUGUAUCUAAAGCAACAGAGUUAGCAACUUACCGAAAAACGUAGGUCCGAAACAGCGGAAUGUUUCGUCAAAUAAUCAAAAGUGAUAUUUUCACCUUUUCCAAUCAAUACAAGAUUUAUGAUUUUCUGUUCCUAAUAAAAUAUUUUAACUCCAAAUUAUCAAAAAAUUAUUAAUUAUG